GAAGCUGCCGCCGAUGAAAGCGCUGGAGGACAGGGCCAGGCCGAGCCCCACGCAGAAGCCGGGCGGCCCGGCCGCAGCGCCCAUGGCCGCGGCGCUCCCCGGAACGCCGGCAGCCGUUCCCCGGAACGCCGGCAACCGCUCCCCGGAACGCCGGCAGCCGUUCCCCGGAACGCCGGCAACCGCUCCCCGGAACGCCGGCAGCCGUUCACCGGAACGCCGGCAACCGCUCCCCGGCCGCGCGGGGCGGGACGGAAGGGACGGAACGGGCGGCGCGGAGCCUGCGCAGCACGCCGGGCCUCCGGGGGCCGUUGGCCGUGGGGCCGUGAGCCCGGGGACUGUGGGCCCGGGGGCCGUGGGGCUGUGGGCCUGGUGUGCGGUGUGAGCCGGCAGCAGCGCGGCCCCGGCCCGCAGCGCCGCCGCCGCCGCUGCUCGAGGGCCCGGGCCCGGUGCUGGGCCGCGGCUGCCUUCCCGGCGCCCGGGUGACUGUGCGGUUUCCAGGCUGAGGAGGAGAGGAUGAGUAAGGGCAAGGACGAUGCCCCGCAUGAGCUGGAGAGCCAGUUCGUGCUGCGGCUGCCGCCGGAAUACGCCUCCACGGUGCGGCGAGCGGUGCAGUCCGGGAACGUCAACUUGAAGGACAGGCUCACCAUUGAGCUCCACGCCGACGGCCGCCACGGGAUUGUCCGUGUGGAUCGAGUGCCGCUGGCAGCCAAGCUGGUGGAUCUGCCCUGCAUCGUGGAGAGCCUCAAAACCAUCGACAAGAAAACCUUCUACAAGACUGCAGACAUUUGCCAGAUGCUUGUCUGCACUGUGGAUGGUGACCUCUACCCUCCUUUGGAAGAGCAAACUGUGAGCACUGAUCCCAAAGCAAACAAGAAGAAAGAUAAAGACAGGGAGAAGAAAUUCAUCUGGAACCAUGGCAUCACUCUCCCCCUGAAAAACGUCCGGAAGAGGCGGUUCCGGAAGACAGCGAAGAAGAAGUACAUUGAGUCUCCUGAUGUGGAAAAAGAGGUGAAACGUCUCCUGAGCACAGAUGCUGAAGCUGUCAGUGUCCGCUGGGAAGUCAUUGCUGAAGAUGAAACCAAAGAAGUGGACAACCACGGCUCUCUCACCAGCCUGGACAUCUCCUCCCCAGGGAUGUCAGGCCAUAAGCAAGGCCAUGGCUCCUCAGAACACGAUGAGCUGCGGGAGAUCUUUAAUGACAUCAGCAGCAGCAGCGAGGAUGAAGAUGAGAGGGAUCACCAUGAUGAUGAAGACCUGAACAUCAUGGACACCGAGGAGGACCUGGAGAGGCAGCUGCAGGACAAGCUGAAUGAAUCUGAUGGGCAGCAGCAGGAGAACGAGGGCUCCAACCAGAUAGUCAUGGGCAUCCAGAAACAGAUUGACAACCUGAAAAGUAAACUCCAGGAGACCCAGGACAGGAGGAAGCGCCAGGAAGAUCUCAUCAUGAAAGUGGAGAACCUGGCCCUCAAGACCCGUCUCCAGGCUAUGCUGGAUGAAUUCAAGCAGCAGGAAGAGCGAGAGAAGCAGCAGAUGACAUCCCUGCAGGAGCAGCUGGAGUCCCUCAUGGAGAAGUGAGGAGUGGGCCUGGGGCUGCAUCCCCAUGGUGUUCAUUUGCCCUGCUGCACUCUGUGCCAGUCACACACCUCUGCUGCCAGGAGCUUCCACAUCCAGAGCUGCUCUCACACACACUGUGCUGCUGCAGCCUGCCUGAGAGAGCAGCCACAACCCUGGCUUUGCUGUAAAUACUCAGCCCCAUUCCCCCAGAGGGGUUUAACUCUCCCUGGGACAGUGUGAUGCAGCUUUUCUGCAUCUUACUGAGUCUUAGACCUAGUGGGCUGUGGCCUGGUAGGAGCUUGUUCUCACCUUUGAGGGAUGCUUGUGUGUGCAAACCCACCUCAAUAAAGCCCUGUUUGUACCCCA